AUGAUUGUGAUCUCAAUUGAUCAUGGUGGUAUGGUGAUCUCGAUAAGUCAAGGUGGGAUCUUGAUGAUUCUUGUUGGGGAUCAUGGUAAGUCAUGGGGGGAUCUUUUUGAGUCGUUAAGAUUUGGUCAUGGUGGGGUCUCGAUUAAUCAUGAUGGUAAUAUUAACAAGUCAUGGUCGGAGUCUCGUCCAAUCAUGGUGUGGAUUGCAAUUGGUCAUGGUGGCGAUCUUAACGAGCCAUGUCAUGGUGCAAAAUGUGUUACGUCGGUGGGCAUCUCACUUAAUCAUGGUGGUGACCUUAGACAGUCAUGUUGUGGAUUUUAG